AUCUGUCUCUGCAUUUCUUCAGUUGUCAUCCUGUCCGACCUAGGCUAUGCAUCCUUCUCGGCUAUUUACAAGACAAUUGCUCGUCCUACUUCCUACAUGCAACAUGUGAGAUGUCACAGUUCACGGAGUUUCCAUUCAUCGAAAUGAUCUCCGGCACCGAGGGCGGCGCCCGUGCCCCCUUCGAGACUGGUCUUGCUACCCUCUCCCCACUGUGACUUGAGUGGUUCUGCGCCUCUACAGUCUACGUGGUCUCGAUAGCACUUACUGCUGCUCGCAAUCAAUGGCAUCUGUCGUUAAUUUCCUCUCAACUGUUCUCUCCCGCCCCGUGGAGUCCUACUGCAGCUUUGGUCCAACGGUGAGUGAAAUCACCUUUGGACUGCUGGGGUACACCUUCAAUCCGGAACGCGACAUCAAUGAUCUAUCAGGGAAGGUUGUCUUCGUCACUGGAGGCAAUGCCGGUCUAGGGAAAGAAACCGUCCUCCAACUCGCUCGUCACCGCCCAUCUCGCAUCUACCUCGCUGCGCGGAAUGCGACCAAAGCCGAAGACGCCAUCGCUUCAAUCCGGGAGCAGGUCCCAUCCGCCGAUAUCAGACACAUAGCCCUCGACCUGUCCUCAUUCAAGUCGAUCCGCGCCGCUGCCGAGCAGUUCACGUCAGAAUGCGAUCGCCUGGACCUCCUGGUUCUCAACGCCGGAAUCAUGAACUGCCCGCCCGCUCUGACAGAGGAAGGAUUCGAGAUUCAAUUCGGAACAAAUCAUAUUGGGCAUUUCCUACUCACCCAGCUACUACUGCCCACGCUGCAACGAACGGUUGAACUUUCCAGGGAUGUCCGAGUAGUAACAUUGGCCUCUGCCGCGAAUGUCGCCGCGCCUCCCUACGAUGUCAUGACCUCUACGCCGGCUUUAAUAGCUGACCACACAUUGACCCGGUACAGUGCCUCGAAGGCAGCGAAUAUCCUCUUUGCGUCGGAGCUGGCCCGUCGCCAUCCGGAGAUUCUGUCUGUCGCGGUACAUCCCGGCUCCGUUGUGAGCGACCUAUGGGACCAUACAAUCAAGACUGGUGUCGUAGCCAAGUACACUAUCGGUGCCAUCCUUGCGUUCAGUCGGAGCAUACGGAGCGGAGCACUCAAUCAGCUCUGGGCCGCCGGGGCGAGAAGAGAGCUGGUGACCAACGGGGCUUAUUAUGUUCCCAUUGGGGUGCACGCUACGGGCAACCGGUACGCGAAGGACGCCGAUAUGGCACGGCGACUGUGGGAGUGGACUGAGCAGCAGAUUGCAGAGAAAUCGUAAACUUGUCCGGUUCCAAUGAUGGUUUGGUUCAUCCCUGCGGGCAUCUCCUGUAGUUAGAGAUGUUCGACGGCUAUUCUUUUCAGGAUAUGCGUGACCAUGUUUGGAGACAGCCGUGGCUGUUAUAAUUGUAUCAAUUUCUUAAAACCUAUAGAAUAGCAUGAUGUGAUAACCGA